AUGGUGUGCUCCCUAGUCGUCAUCCUCCUCUUCUCCAUUAGUUCCUCCGUUGCCCAUGGCGCCGGAGCAGGUCGCCAGCGCUACCAUGUGGUGGAGACCGGGCACUUGGAGCCCAAAACCUUCUGCUCUGGCCUCAAGGUGGCUCCAUCGGCGGAGGGCACGUGGGUGCCGCUGCACCGUCCGUUCGGCCCCUGCUCGCCGUCCGCCGGCAGGGCGCCGGUGCCGUCCCUGCUGGAGAUGCUCCGCUGGGACCAGGUCCGCACCGACUACGUCCGGAGGAAGGCCAGCAGCGGGGCGGAGGACGUGCUCAACCCAGCCAAGCCGCACGUGCUGAUGACCCAGGUGGACUUCGGUCCCAGUUCCACCUUCGGCAUCGGCUCCGGCUCCGGUAGCUCGGCGUGGAUCAACGCCGACGGCGACCCCACGGUCGUGUCCCAACAGACCAUGGCCAUCGACACCACCGUGGACGUGCCGUGGAUCCAGUGCGUCCCCUGCCCCAUCCCCCAGUGCUACCCGCAACGGAUCCCCUUGUUCGACCCCAGCACGUCCAGCACCGCCGCGGCCGUCCGCUGCCGCUCCCCCGCCUGCCGCUCCCUCGGCUCCUACGGCAACGGCUGCUCCAACACGUCCGCGAACGCCGACUGCCGGUACCUGAUCGAGUACAGCGACGACCGGGCGACCGCCGGGACGUACAUGACCGACACGCUCACCAUCAGCGGCAGCACCGCCGUCCGCAGCUUUCGGUUCGGAUGCAGCCACGCCGUGCGCGGCAAGUUCAGCGACCUGACCGCCGGGACCAUGUCCCUCGGCGGCGGCGCGCAGUCACUCCUCGCCCAGACGGCCCGCUCCCUGGGCAACGCCUUCUCCUACUGCGUCCCACAGGCCAGCGCCUCCGGCUUCCUCUCCAUCGGCGGGCCGGUGACGACCAACUCCACCACCGUAUUCGCCACCACGCCACUCGUCCGGAGCGCCAUCAACCCGAGCCUAUACCUGGUGCGGCUCCAGGGCAUCGUCGUGGCGGGGCGCCAGCUCAGGAUCCCGCCGGUGGUCUUCUCCGCCGGGGCGGUGAUGGACUCGAGCGCCGUCAUCACGCAGCUGCCGCCCACCGCGUACCGCGCGCUGCGCCGGGCCUUCAGGAACGCCAUGAGGGCGUACCCGAGGAGCGGGGCCACCGGGACCCUGGACACCUGCUACGACUUCCUGGGGCUCACCAACGUGAGGGUGCCCGCCGUCUCCCUGGUGUUCGGCGGCGGCGCCGUGGUGGUGCUCGACCCGCCGGCUGUCAUGCUCGGGGGAUGCCUCGCCUUCACAGCCACCUCCUCGGACCUGGCCCUCGGCUUCAUCGGCAACGUGCAGCAGCAGACGCACGAGGUGCUCUACGACGUCGCCGCCGGGGGCGUCGGCUUCCGCCGUGGCGCAUGUUAG